AAAUUCAGCCAAGUGAGUAAGUAUGCAGCUUUAUCCGUGGAUGGAGAAGAGGAGGCUGAAGAAUACGCCGACUAAUCUUGGGAACUACUGGUGUCCAUGGAUUUUUCCCUAUCCCUCAACUCCUUAAGCUCCCUUCUGCCAUGUUCCAUGAAAGUCAUUGGCAUAAGCCAGAGCAAGAAAAACACCCUUCCCAGCUCCUGUUCCCAUCAAAUUUACAAAUAAUCUAAUUUCAACACCUCAGACAGUGAUCUUCAGUUAGAAACACAGCGCUGUGUGUGUCUUCUAUUGCAUGCUGCUGCAGCUUUUACUGUGUGUGGGUUAGGAGUGGGGCAGAAAUGCAGUGUAUUGGGAGGGGGAGCUCUCCGCUGACUAUCUCCUGUCAAGAUGGCAAAAAUGUUACCUUUUAGGCUACUGGCCUUCCAAGCAUCCAUCCAUUUUCUAAAAGUUGUCUUUUUAUGCCAGAAAAACUAUUGCAUUACAGGGACCCGCAAUAAGUUUCUGGCUUGAGAUUGUUCCCAUAGCUACUCAUUUUAUGGUUAAUCUCCAGAAGGCAGAUGAAUAAACUGCUUUAAGAAAAUUUAAAGGAAUGAUUGUUCUUUUACUACGGUUUGGACCGGUACUGCAAUCAGUGGAAUAAAUCAUAGCCCCAAUUUACAGCUUUAGUAGUGAUGAGGGUGUAGUCAACUGCAGGGUUAGAACCGUUGCCAGAAUCCUCCAAUUCAGUGUGCCUAGAAUGGACUAUGAACAUUAUCUACCCAGCUAAGAGAUCUCCCCCUAAGACUGUGUGUUUUGCUGUGGGUUUGAAGACGGCUGCUGUAGCAGUGAUCUUUUCAUCGGUAGAAAGAGAUAUCUUAUGCAGAGUAUAUUAAUAGUAUAUAAGGCAACCAGAUCAGGCAGUGUUUGCAUGUCUUGUUGCUUCCAGACACUGCUAUUACACAUUUGGGAAUUCCUAGUUCAUCACUUCACGUGGCCUCCCCUAAUUUAUAACUAAUGUGCGCUCAGAAGUGGUCUUACUUUGGCCAGCUUCUGAUAUGUUUUGCCAUUUUACACUUAAAAAAGUGUAACUGAAGGAAAAAUAUAUUAAAAAUAAAAAACUAAACUUGUAAUGAUUUGUAAUCUGCUUUCUGCAAGAUAUUUUAUUAUCAUGUAAAUUCCCUUUUUCUUUUUUUUUCUGUUUAUCAGCUCAACAUCCUCUCAAAUAAACUAAUCUUUAAAAUA